AGAAAUAGUGAAAAACUAAUAAUAUUAUUUAGAAGAUAUAUAUUUUGAAUUUGGAUAUAAAUCAAAAGUAAGAUACUUUUUAGAACCGAAGAAAUAAAAUAUAUGGAGACUUUUUAAUUGGUAGUUGAGUACCGCUUAAAGAAAAGAAAAGGGAAAAAAAAAAAACUGAAAAUUGACAUAGAAAUAAAACAAUAAAUAUUAAUCCAAAUUCCCAAACCAAUUGCGAAACUGAAUCUGUGUUUCGGUCUGGUUUCCUUCACCAGACAGCAAUCCUGCUCUUUCACUCUCUUUCUUCCUAAAUAUACCUUUUCAGAGAAAAUGGAGAAGAGCACCACCGCCCUCUUCGACCAUUUAUACACAUGACAAUUCAAACGCAACCCACCACUCUUAUCCGACCAUUCAACGAGGACACUACUUCUCUUCUCUGAAAAACACCCUUUAAAAUCCUCACAUGGAUGAUAACUCUAUUUCCUUAACUCAAUAUCCUCUUCAAGAAAAUCAAGAAACCACCACAACCGCCGCCACCACUACUACUACUACUACCACCAUAACCCCAGCAGCCGUUACAAGCGACAAUAAUAGUGAUAGUAACAACAAUAAUAAUAGCAGCAGCGGUGACAAUAACGGCAAUAGCAGAAAGUGCAAAGGAAGAGGGGGACCGGAUAACAAUAAGUUCCGAUAUAGAGGUGUUAGGCAAAGGAGCUGGGGCAAAUGGGUGGCUGAGAUCCGUGAACCAAGAAAAAGAACUCGGAAAUGGCUUGGUACCUUCGCUACUGCAGAAGAUGCAGCUCGUGCUUAUGAUCGAGCAGCUAUUAUCUUAUAUGGUUCAAGAGCUCAGCUUAAUUUGCAACCUUCAAAUUCAUCAUCAACUCAGUCUUCUUCUUCUUCUUCUUCUUCUUCUUCUUCAUCGUCCACUCGUGCUUCAUCCUCUUCCUCUAGUCAGACUCUUCGUCCAUUGCUUCCUCGUCCCUCUGCUUUUGGUUUUACUUUCUCUCUUUCUAGUACUCCUCCUGCAGUGUCUUCUGAGUUUGGUACGUAUGGUGUUUUUCAACAUCAAAAUCAGAAUGUUAACGUAGGGUCAAGCCCCGUACUGUGUCCUGCUAACAUAGUACAGAAUCAGCAAGAGCAGCUGCUGCAGUCGCACCACUAUCAAUACCAUCAUCAGUACCAAAAUCCAUUUCUUGCUGGGUCAUCAAAUUUUAUUACUUGUGACCCCAUAAUAAUCCCUGCAACUACAACAGCAGCAGCAGAAGCAACAGCAACCUCGUAUCAUCAAAAUCUUAAUUAUGUUUAUAAUGAUCAUAUUCCUCAUCAACCACAGCAUCAUCAAGAACAACAGCAUGGUAUGUACCAGGAUAUUGCUUCUUUGGUGGGUUCGGUUGGUUCAAGUUUGUCUCUUUCUAGCAGUACUCAACCUGUAAUUGCACCAGCGAAUCAAGAUCCGGUUAUGCAUGUAGGACCUGGAUCUCCCUCGGUUUGGCCUUUGACAAGUGAUGAUGAGUAUCCACCACCUAGUAUUUGGGACUACGGAGAUCCUUCCAUCUUUGAUUUGGAAAGGGUCUGUGUGUAUUAUCCUCAUGGACCCAUAUCAGCAAUUAUCUUCAGCUGUACCAAUCUAUCAGAUUUUGGUCUCAUCAUCACCUGAGAUGAAGAAUUUUGAAGGAAGAGAGUAAUUUACUAGAUUAAAUCUACUAGAUUUAUAUUUGGUCGACUGGCAAGGGUACUACUCGAGAAGAGAAUGGAUGUCAGCAAUUGCAUGUUUUCUUUGUACGAUUUUUAUUACAUAAGGAGCUGGUGAGAAACAUCUCAAGGUGAGUUUGCUUCUCUCAAGGCUAAUUAAGAAAGUUUGCUUCUUCAGAUUUAGAAACUUUUUUCUUUCCUUUAUAUUAUAUGAUUAUGGAGAUGAGAAGAUUCAUUAAUGUCAUUAGGGUUUUUGGCUACUUAAAAAUGUAGUUCUGAACUCAAAGAAAGCAAAGUAUUGAGCAGAAAUGUUGUCUUCUUCUAUUCAAUUCAAUUAAUCAGAUUUGAAAAAUUAAAUUAUUCUUUCCUCUUAUAUAUGUUGCCUAGACAACUUUAUAUGAUUUUUUUAGUCUUGUCAUUUGUAUGUUAGUGUAUGUUUCCAUCAUUUUCAGUUAAACAAAAAGAAGAAGAAGGAAAAAAAAAGAGAGAAGUAAGAGAAGAGAAGCAGCAAUAUGAAGAAAGUUUUCAUGAAUAGAUAUGCAUAUCCAACAUAUUCUGAUUUUUUAGCAGUAACUAUCAAGUGCUUGGAACAAUGUACUGGUGAAUUGGCAGUUCAUGAUGAAGAUAUUUGAUGAACAAUAAGUGUUGGUUCAGCUAGUGUUGGCCAAAUGCUUCAGAGAUUAUACUGGGAUAUUAAUUUUAUUUCCUACAGUGUGAUGAAAGAUUAGCAGGAAGUCUAAAAAAUGUAUACAAUUAGGUUCACUUGGAGUGGGAUUUUUAUAGUUAUAUUUGCUAGUCUAUAGCCUCAGUUGGGGAUAUGAACUUUAUGUAUGCUGUUUCCUUUAGGGAAUUGCACUGUAGUUUUUAUCUUAUGUCCUCAGGAAGGAUCUUCUAGUGGUAAUGCCUCCGAACAUUACUAGCUAGGAAAUUUGUAGAGGGUAUAUAGGAGGCAAAGAAUUACAUUUUCUUUUGUAGCUUAUAUAGAAUUUUGAUUAUAGAAGUUUUGUAUACAGUUUA